AUGUCGGCCCAAGUCAGGCUGAGGCUGCUGCCCAGCGCCAGGUGUUUGUUCGACGAGCCCAUCCAGGUGAAGGUGGCCGGUCUGAGGUCCAAACAGGUGGUCACCAUUAGAGCCUCAACUACUGAUGAGAGAGGACUGGAGUUCACUUCCUCAGCCAACUACAGAGCAGAUGGUUGCGGGGAGAUUGAUCUGAGCAGAGACCCCUCGGUUGGUGGAAGUUACCUUGGAGUGGAACCUAUGGGUUUGUUUUGGUCAAUGAAAUCACAAAUCUUGCACAAAGAUUUUCGUAAGACAAGAGCAGUGGAUCCUAUCAAGGUGAAUUUUUCAAUUCACGAAGAGAAAGGCAAGAUGUUAGCAGAAGUGACAAACGAAAGGUUUCUAAUGGGAGAUGGGGUCAGCCGACUUCCUGUGAAAGAAGGGAACAUUGAUGGAGUCCUGUUCACCCCUCCAGGAAAAGGUCCAUUCCCAGCUGUGUUAGAUCUGUAUGCCUAUAGGUCUGAGAAAAGAGCCUGUCUACUGGCCAACAAAGGCUUUGUUACUCUUUCAGUACCUGUGAAUAUAGACAGUCAAAAACCAAUUCACCUGGACCAUUUUGAAGAUGCAGUGGAUUUCUUACAACGACUGCCUAAGGUGGACGGUAAAGGAGUUGGCAUUCUAUCAAAAUCAAAGGGAGGAGAAGUUGCUCUUUCCCUUUCUGCUUUUGUGAGAGGUGUGAAGGCUGUGGUGUGGAUCAAUGGUUGCUCAGCCAACACAGGUCUACCACUUUACUAUAAGAAAAAACAAAUUCUUCCUGCUUUAAUGUUUGAUCAUAAGAAAACAUUUUCCACUAACUCUGGUGCUGUCAUUUCCAAGUACGCGAUGCAUGACCCUCUGAAAGCGGAGAACAGGGACUGCCUUGUCCCAAUUGAACAAGCUGGUGGAAAUUUCCUCUUUGUGGCUUCAGGGGAGCACCUCAUCUCGGACAGGAAGGCCUAUAUGGAUAACAUGGUGGAGAGACUGAGGCAUCAUGGGAAGGACAACUUUGAGACUCUGAGUUAUCCUCAAGCCGGACACUAUUUAGAACCCCCUUAUGGACCUUUCUGCCGAUCCAGCCUCAAUGUAAUUCUUGGUGGGCCAGCUCUUUGGGGGGGCAAGCCCAGGUCCCAUGCUGCAGCUGAAGUCCACCUGUGGAGAGAGAUCCAGAAAUUCUUUAGGAGUCAUCUUACUUGUGAAACUGCUCCGAUCAAACCGGAAUGA